AUGAAGAGCCAAGUUACCCGCCAAACAGGCGAAGCAACGAUUUCGACAGAAACGAGCGUGAUGGCGGCAGAGAAAAUUGGGGUUUUGCGGAAUCGCAAACAAAAUGAUGACAGACGUUUUUCUCCGAAUGACAACCGCGGUAGUGGAUAUGGUGGCCGCGGCAGAGGAGGUAGUAAUGCCUCAGGUGGAUAUAGUCAGGAAUAUCGUCGUCGUGAUGGUUUUGGAUCAUCUAAAGGCAAUUUUGACCAAGACGAUGAAGAUGGAGAACCUUUUGGUGGUUUUGGAGGUUACAGGAGAGAUGGUCAAAAAAGCACUGGAUUUGGUGACAGAGGGAGACCUCAACCACGUGCUUUCGACGAUCGCAGUGAUGAUUUUGAUAACCGUGGCAGGGACCGUGAUAGAGGAAAUGACCGAGGACGUUCUUUUGGAAACAGGAAGAGCGGCUUCGAUCGUGAAGACCAAGACGAGGACAGUGGUCGUUUCAAGCAACCGUUUUCAAAGAGAAUGAUGACAAUUUCGGUGGUAAUCGACGAGGUUCUCCUAAUCGCAGAGGUUUCGGAGAUAGGAACGACUCCGGCUCUUUUUCUGGAAGAGGUUAGCGCCUUCACUUUUUUGCCCUAA